GUCUACCAUCUACUUAAUGAAAACAAAUUUCACGAAUUACCGUAUAACCCGACCAACAAAUUCAUAGCCAAGAUGAAGUUGACUUUAAAAACCUGUCAAGAAGCUUCACACUUGUUAAACCCCAGUAGACAAAAUAUCCUCCCGAUGAACCCCACAACCCCACUCCUUUAUUGCUUACCUAAAAUCCAUAAACCCAAUUGCCCGGUCAGACCUAUUGUAUCCUUCACAGGUUCCCCGGCCUCCAAGUUGUCUCACAUGUUUUCUACCUUUCUCCCAUCAUGUUUGAAGUUUGAAAGCACGUUUUCGAUUAAAAAUUCGUUAGAGCUUUCUUCUAGGUUGGUGAACUUUACUAUUCCUUCGGAUUGCAUGCUCGUUUCUUUUGAUGUCGUUAACCUUUUCCCUAGUAUUCCUCCAGAUGAAUGUUUGGAGAUAGUACGACAAUUACUCUUUGAAAAAUCUGGCCUUCACACUCAUGUAAUUUUAGAUUUGUGUACUUUAUUAGACCUUGUCCUUAAACAGAAUUUCUUUCAGUUCGAGAAUAAAUAUUACUGUCAAGUUGAUGGGUUGUCUAUGGGUUCCAGCAUAUCACCGUUUUUAUCCGAAGCAUUCAUGUCAAAAUUUGAACAAAACUUGUCUAGAACAAGUUUAUUCCUUAAGCACAUCUUGAAGUGGUACCGUUAUGUCGAUGAUGUUUUUGCCAUUUUUAGGGGCACCCAUGGUCAACUGAUGAGUUUCCUCGACUUGUUGAAUAGUCUUCACCCCUCCAUCAAAUUUACGUGCGAGCUGGAGGUGAAUGACCGUUUGCCUUUUUUAGAUCUGAUUAUUGAGAGGGAUAAUUGCAGUUUGAAUUUUGAUAUUUUCCGGAAGCCAACAACUACUGAUUCCGUAAUACCUUUCACAUCCAACCACCCGUACAGUCAAAAAUUCUCUUCAUUUCAUUCCAUGUUCCAUAGAUUGUUCAACAUCCCUCUUAGUCCCUCCAAUUUUCAAAAGGAAUUGUCAAUUAUAAGACAGAUUGCAGAAGGAAAUGGUUACCCUGAGCGCGCAAUUGAGAGAAUAUACCGAAGACACAUGAACAGGCAGCUGAAUAAGUCUCUCACAGAUGGAAUUCAACAGAAGACCUAUAGAAGCUUGAGGUUUUUUGGACAGAUAUCAGUAAGCAUCGCAAAACUGUUUAGUGCUCACACAGAAAAUACUCUGAUUACCUUCAAGACGGUUAAUACCCUGGCUAAACAUCUAAUCAACACUAAAGAUAAAAUACCCAUCACACAAAGGUCUGGAGUUUACCAACUUUUUUGCUCCCAACCCCAAUGCAAUGUCACUUACGUAGGUCAAAGUGGGAGGAGAAUAGAAACAAGGGUUGGUGAACAUCUGAAACAUAUAGAGAAAAACAGAGAUAAAGAUAUCGUCAACACCCCAUCACAGUUCGCCAACCACAUCUUAGAGUCAGGCCACACUUUCGAUCCAAGAACUGGUGUCAAAGUUUUGCAUGUUUGUGAGAAGAGUCUUCAAUUGGAUCUUCUGGAGAUCUUGGAAAUCAACAGAGCGUUGAGGUCUCAAGAAUAUAACUGCGUCAAUGAGCAGAUUAACUUUGACUGUUCAACUUUUUUCAAUUCUAUACGAGAGCACCUGAUGAUGGCAAGUUACCUUGCCGAAAUGCAUAGUGCAUAAUUUAAAUAUAUAGUGGAGUAGACCAUUUGUUUGUUUGUAACCAUUAUUAAAAACUCCACCGAUGGACUA